AACACGUAACUUCGUAGUUUGAUUGUGUGUCUUAAAUUUUAUUUAUUUUAUUAAAUUAAAUAAAGAAUUUGAAUGAAAUUAACAUGUUUCUGAGGAAAUUUCUGCAACUACAUAAUUUCUCUACAAGAGCCAGUGAUUCAAUUUACGUGACAACUCCAAUUUUCUAUGUAAAUGCGUCUCCCCAUAUAGGUCAUUUGUAUUCAGCAGUAAUUGCUGAUGCCAUUGUACGCUAUAAAAGCUUAAGGAAUCCCCAAAUAACGACACACUUCUGCACUGGAACCGAUGAACAUGGGACGAAGAUCCAACAAGCUGCUGCUACCCACAAUGUCAAUGUAGCUAAGUACUGUGAUGACAUUUCACAGAGCUACAGAAAAGUAUUCCAUGAAUCUGGAAUUCAAUAUACAGACUUUAUUCGGACGUCUGAAGAUCGUCAUAAAAAGGCUGUAGCACACUUUUGGAAUGAACUAAAGUCUCGAGGUCACAUCCAUUCAUCUCAGUACAACGGCUGGUAUUGUGUGUCAGACGAAACAUUCCUCACAGACAGCCAGCUAAAAACUAACCCAGAUGGAAGUAAAUGCUCCCUGGAGUCUGGACAUCCCGUUGAAUGGACUGAGGAGACAAAUUAUAUGUUCAGUUUGGCGAAAAUACAAGAAGAUGUACUUUAUUGGGUCAAACAAGGCGGUCGUAUUCGACCAGCUAAGUUUGAGAAAAUCCUAUUAGACUAUUUAAGUGAACCACUGCCAGAUGUUUCCAUAUCGAGGCCAUCGAAUAGAGUUCAUUGGGCUAUUCCAGUUCCAGACGAUGACAGUCAAACGGUUUACGUUUGGCUGGAUGCACUGAUCAACUAUUUGACUUCGGCCGGAUAUCCAAAUGAGAAGUUCCGAAACAAUUGGCCACCUACAACUCAAGUUAUUGGAAAAGAUAUUCUCAAAUUCCACGGCAUAUAUUGGCCAGCAUUUCUUAUUGCUGCUGGUUUGGAACCACCCCAGCAGCUAUUUGUUCACUCCCACUGGACUGUCGACGGACAAAAGAUGUCAAAGAGUAAAUUUAAUGUUGUCGACCCUUUAGAAGCUUCAAAAAUGUAUACUAUGGAAGGAUUACGAUAUUUUCUAUUACGAGAAGGAGUUUCUCAUAGUGAUGGCAAUUACAGCAGCACCAAAGCCCUACGUAUUUUGAACUCAGAACUUGCGGACACAUUGGGAAACCUUCUAUCGCGAGGGUGUGCUAAAUCCCUUAAUCCUCGUCAAGUUUAUCCUCGCAUUUAUGUUCAUCACUGCAACGAUAUCCUGCGAUUAGAUGCUGCCAAGCGCCUGCAAGAGGUACUCUCCGAACUACCAGAAAAAUGUGCCCAGCACUAUGAGGAAAACAAUUUCUAUUUAGUCGUGGAUAAGGUUAUGGCAGCACUCCAUGCCACAAAUAACUUUUUCGAGUCCUCUAAGCCCUGGGAAUUGAAGAAGGCAUCUUCAACGGAAGCAUUAACGACAACGGCUACGACACCGACAUCGACUUCGACAACUGCUGCAACGACACCAAGUGAGCGCUCACAAAAGUUAGAUACCAUCCUUUCGAUGACAAUGGACAGUCUUCGCCUUUGUGGCAUCAUCUUGCAGCCCAUUAUACCCGACAUGAGUUCGAAACUCUUGGACAAGUUGAAUGUCUGCCCAAGUCAGCGUACAUGGGCAAACUUAGAGCAGUGCUUUGUAUUCGAUGUAAACAGCAGACCCCAAGAUACACUUCUGACCGAUACCGAUCCAGUGCUCUUCCGACGUAUCCUUUUGCAGGACGACAAGAGGGAUAAGCAACUACAAUCUUCACAGCAUCAGCAAUUGCAAAAGAAAUCCCAGAAUAAGAGGAUGAACAAAGCACAAUAAUGACAGUCACUGGGUCGUCUGAGUCAGUUCCAGUAUAACACGGUCAUUUUGUGUCCAUGGUGCAAAGCGAAAAGAAGUGGCAGGAAACUUAUCAUACGGCAACAAAAAAGGACGAAAUAAAAAAGUUUAACUUAAAAAAGACAGAACAGAAAAAUAAAACUGUAGUGCACUGACUGAUAAAUAGAAAUAGAAAAAGAAAUUGAAAUAGAAACAGAAAUAAAUGUUAAACUUUCUAACUUGUGUAUUGUUGUAUGGAAAAUAGCAACUUUAUUUGUUUUUGUAGUUUUCUUUAUUUCUGUUGUAUCCUUUUUAUGGUUAUGGAGACAAUGAAUAAAAAAAAGAAAAAAAAGCAUCUAUUGAGAUUAUUCUCGUUUCACCCCAUGAAAUAGAUGGAAUUGAUUAAAAAAACCAGAGGAUAUUUCCUGUCUAAGCAGUAUUCAGAUAUAAAAGUUUAAAGCUUUUGACUUUCUAGUAGUAUCCUUGAAAAUCUAAAAUAUCAAAUAACCAAAUUGUCAAUUAAGAACUGUGAAAAGUAUGCAAUAUCAGGUUUAAGUUUAACAGAAGUUAAAUUAAAUUAGUAAAAUGG